UUUACAAACUCUACGACUUAAGCUUCUCUGUUCCUACACCUUUUGUUCUUCUAUUUAAAGCCCUCUGAUUUGUUACUUCACAUUCACAAGUUUUGAAAGCAAACACAUAAAGAAAAUUCUAGUUCAAUCUUUUGUCACUCAAGAGUCUUCCCGACCGUAUCCAGUCAAAUACCAUGGAUCGAGGUGGUUACCGAGGAGGUCGUGGUGAUGGCCGUGGCAGAGGCGGCGGCGGAGAUCGUGGUCGUGGUUACAGCGGUCGUGGUGAUGGCCGUGGCAGAGGCGGCGGCGGAGAUCGUGGUCGUGGUUACAGCGGUCGUGGUGAUGGCCAUGGCAGAGGCGGCGGCGGAGAUCGUGGUCGUGGUUACAGCGGUCGUGGUCGUGGCUUUGUUCAAGAUAGGGAUGGUGGUUGGGUAAAUCCAGGGCAAAGUUCAGGUGGUCAUGUUCGUGGUCGUGGGACGCAGUUGCAACAACCUCCGCCACAGGAAGUUCCUCCGUCGUCGUCGCAAGCUCAAGUGAGUCAAGGCGUUGCACCAGGAGACGUGGGUCAAGGCGGCGUCGGAGACGUGGGUAGAGACGGCGUCGGAGACGUGGGUAGAGACGGCGUCGGAGACGUGGGUCAAGGUGGCGUCGGAGACGUGGGUCAAGUAGGCGUCGGAGACGUGGGUCAAGGCGGCGUCGGAGACGUGGGUCAAGGCGGCGUCGGAGACGUGGGUAGAGACGGCGUCGGAGACGUGGGUAGAGACGGCGUCGGAGACGUGGGUAGAGGCGGCGUCGGAGACCGUGGACAGAGUCAGUCGGGACUAUCGUCGGGUCACUUUGGUCGUGGGACGCAGUUGCAACAACCUCAGCCACAGGCGGUUUCUCAGUCGUCUUCGCAGGGUCAAGUGAGUCAAUCCUUUGCAACAGGAGGCGUGGGUUUAGGCGCGUGGGCUCGUAAGCCUCAACUUUUCUCUGAUUCGACGGUCUUACCUUCUAGUUCUUCGUCUAACGUCGUUGCUUCUCACACCGCUAGUGGUUCUCAAGUUAUGACUCCGAAACCAUCUUCUUCUGAUAAGAAAGAACCAGUAAAGCGUCCUGAUAAAGGUGGUAAUAUAAAAGUGAAAGGCGUAAUUAAUCUCUCCGUCAAUCAUUUUAGAGUGAGUUUCUCAACAGAAAGUGUCAUAAGGCACUACGAUGUUGAUAUCAAAGGAGAAAAUUCUUCAAAAAAGAUAUCAAGAUUUGAGCUAGCUAUGGUCAAAGAAAAGCUGUUCAAGGACAAUAAUGACUUUCCUAACGCCAUGACAGCGUACGAUGGUCAGAAGAACAUUUUCAGCGCUGUUGAAUUACCUACGGGAUCAUUUAAAGUUGAUUUCUCAGAAACCGAGGAGAUCAUGAGAGGUAGAAGCUAUACGUUCAUCAUCAAACAAGUGAAAGAGCUAAAGUUACUUGACUUGCAAGCCUACAUAGAUGGACGUUCCACUUUUAUUCCGCGUGAUGUGUUGCAAGGAAUGGAUGUUGUGAUGAAGGAACAUCCUUCAAAACGUAUGAUCACUGUUGGUAAAAGAUUCUUUAGUACUCGGCUAGAGAUUGACUUUGGAUACGGAGUUGGAGCUGCGAAAGGGUUUCACCACACUCUCAAGCCCACAGUACAAGGUUUAUCAUUAUGUUUGAACUCCUCUUUGUUGGCGUUCCGCAAAGCAAUUUCAGUCAUCGAAUACCUGAAGUUGUACUUUGGGUGGAGAAAUAUACGUCAGUUUAAGAAUUGUAGGCCUGAUGACGUGGUACAAGAAUUGAUUGGUUUGAAAGUCACUGUUGAUCAUCGAAAGACCAAACAGAAAUUCAUCAUUAUGGGGUUGAGUAAGGACGACACAAAAGAUAUCAAAUUCGAUUUUAUUGAUCAUGCUGGAAACCAGCCUCCAAGGAAAAUAUCCAUUGUUGAGUAUUUCAAGGAAAAGUAUGGAAGAGACAUUGAUCACAAGGAUAUUCCUUGCUUGAAUUUGGGGAAAAAGGGUCGGGAAAAUUUUGUACCCAUGGAGUUCUGUAACUUAGUCGAGGGGCAGAUUUUUCCAAAAGAGAAAUUGUAUAGAGAUUCAGCCGCGUGGUUAAAGGAGCUUUCACUAGUCACUCCACAACAAAGACUGGAGAAUAUAAAUAAGAUGAUAAAGUCUAGUGAUGGACCUAGAGGUGGAGAUAUCAUUGGAAACUUCGGAUUGAGAGUGGAUCCAAACAUGACAACGGUGGAAGGUCGUGUACUCGAGGCUCCUACACUGAAAUUGACUGAUCGGAGAGGCAAUCCUAUCCAUGAGAAACUCAUGAGCGAGAGCAAUCAAUGGAACCUUACGACAAAGGGAGUCACAAAGGGUUCAAUAAUCAAGCAUUGGGCUGUUCUUGACUUCACUGCAUCCGAGAGUUUGAAAAAAAAGAUGCCUGGUUACUUUGUAAAUAAACUCAUCGAACGUUGUAAGGGACUUGGGAUGCAGAUGGAGGCUCCUAUCGUUUGCAAAACAUCGAGUAUGGAAACACUUUAUGAUGGUAAUGCUCUUGAGGAAUUGCUUCGAUCCGUGAUAGAUGAGGCUUCUCAUAACCAUGGUGGGGCUUGUCCAACUCUUGUUCUGUGUGCUAUGACUGGGAAGCACGAUGGAUACAAGACUCUGAAAUGGAUAGCCGAGACCAAACUUGGUCUAGUGACUCAGUGUUUCUUGACCAUAUCUGCCAUUAAAGGAGAAACCGUUUCUGAUCAGUACUUGGCAAAUCUCGCCCUCAAGAUAAACGCAAAGGUUGGUGGAACGAACGUGGAGUUGGUGGAUAAUAUUUUCUCUUUCUUCAAAAAAGAAGAUAAGGUCAUGUUCAUUGGUGCUGAUGUCAAUCAUCCCGCUGCUCACGACAAUAUGAGUCCAUCCAUUGUUGCUGUUGUAGGCACUCUUAACUGGCCUGAAGCUAACCGCUACGCAGCUAGAGUCAAAGCUCAGAGUCACCGUAAAGAAGAGAUACAAGGGUUUGGUGAAACUUGCUGGGAGCUUAUCGAAGCUCAUUCUCAGGCCCCCGAGAAACGACCUAACAAGAUUGUGAUAUUCCGUGAUGGUGUCAGCGAUGGUCAGUUCGAUAUGGUUCUCAAUGUGGAGUUACAGAAUGUUAAGGACGUUUUUGCCAAGGUUGGCUAUAAUCCGCAGAUAACUGUAAUUGUGGCACAGAAACGUCAUCAAACCCGUUUCUUCCCCGCCACAACUAGCAAAGAUGGAAGGGCUAAGGGCAAUGUGCCUUCAGGUACGGUCGUUGAUACCACGAUCAUUCACCCGUUUGAGUAUGAUUUCUACCUCUGUAGUCAACAUGGAGCGAUAGGUACAAGCAAACCAACUCAUUAUUAUGUUCUUUCGGACGAAAUCGGGUUCAACUCGAAUCAGAUUCAGAAACUCAUCUUUGACUUGUGCUUCACGUUUACUCGCUGCACCAAACCGGUCGCUCUGGUUCCUCCGGUUUCUUAUGCUGACAAGGCUGCUUCUAGAGGAAGGGUGUACUACGAGGCAAGCUUAAUGAAGAAGAAUUCUAAGCAGUCGCGUGGAGCGUCUUCGUCUUCUGCCUCGGUUGCCUCUUCAUCCUCUUCUGUCACAAUGGAGGACAAAGAGAUCUUCAAGGUUCACGCAGGCAUCGAGAACUUUAUGUUCUUUGUCUGAAAAAAAGUUUGAUCUUAAAAUAUUUAUCUAAAUAAGAACGUCUCAUUAACGCAGUUCUUACUCCUUUUUCUGAUUAGAAAGGAUGUUUGUGCGUGAAUCUAAUCGUUAGAUAUGCAGUUUGUUUGUUUCCUUUUCGUUGUUGGUGUGUUGAAAAUAGUUUGUAUUUGGUAUUGUAAUGCUCUUUAGAGCUGAAACUAUGUCAUGUUAUGGUAUUUUAUUAUAGUUUUCAGACUUUGGAUUCAAUAAAUAGUUCAUAUUUUGCUACUUC